AUGAACGGAGAGAAUCCGCUCAUCGAUCCGAGAGAUCAUAACGGAGGAUCUAGUUCGACUAUCAACUUGAUUUCGGGGUCUUCGUCGUCGAAUAUGAAAACAAGUCAAAUCCAUACGAAUUCGAGUGAUGUGGAGAAGGAGAACGAUUUUUCAGAGCCUGAAAUGUUCUUUGAAUUAAUAUUUAUUUAUAUAUAUAUAUAUAUGUGUGUGUGGUCCUGUUGUUUGUUCAGAUUGAUGUCUUUUUUUCGAGCGAUGAGGCGGCCUGUUAUCGGACUCGAUCUUGACGAGGUAGUGAUCACAACGGCAAUUGCGAUAUAG